CUUUUAACAUUGAAGUAGUUAAGCAUUUAAGCACACACUUUAUACGGUAGUGUGUAUAUAUAUAUAUGCUAUACGUAUUAAAACAGUUUUUAUUGUUUGUACAUUUUAAAGGUGAAAUAGAUUUACCCAACUCCAUACUUGGCUGCUCAUCGUAAAUAGGAAAUCGAAAAGUUGAUCUGUUCAUGUUCUUUUUAAAUUUUCACAAUUUAAAACCGGUUUAACAGAUUGAUUUACAGUGAUAAGCCAUGGGGAAGGAAAAGGAAGCCGAAAAAGCAGUUGAUGAGAAGGAAUAUGGCUCAAAUCUAAAGGCAAGAGAGACAUGGACAAGAAAAUUUGACUUUUUGUUAGCUUGUACUGGAUUUUCUGUGGGACUUGGAAAUGUUUGGCGUUUUCCUUAUCUCUGCUACAAGAAUGGAGGCGGUGCUUUCCUUAUUCCAUACCUAAUAUGUGUAGUCGUCGGUGGUAUACCAUUAUUCUAUCUAGAGGUCGCUGUUGGGCAGUUUAUGGGCAUCGCUGGACUAAAUGCAUGGAAGAUAUGUCCGUUACUUCAAGGUAUUGGUAUAUCUACGACAAUCAUUGUAUUCUUCCUCAACUGCUACUACAAUGUCAUUCUGGCAUGGGCAUUUUAUUACUUCUUCAGUUCCUUCACAACAGGAGAUCUUCCAUGGGCAAAAUGUGGCCAUGAAUGGAACAAAUACUGCGUUGACUUUGUCAAUGUAAGGUCAAUCAACUGUUCUGAUACAGUAAAGUAUGGAAAUCUCACGUACUGCUCCAAUCAAACUUUGAAACUGGAUCCAACUACAGAAUUUUGGGAAAACAAAGCUUUAGGCAUAUCAGAAGGAAUACAUGACAUGGGAGUUGUGAAAUGGGACAUUUGUCUUUGUUUAUUAUUUGCAUGGAUUGUGGUUUAUCUUUGCAUCUGUAAAGGAAUUAAAUCCUCAGGGAAGGUAAUGUACAUAACUGCCACUUCGCCGUAUAUCUUUAUGACAAUAUUGCUGAUCAGAAACGCCUUAUUGGAUGGAGCAGCGGAAGGUGUAAAAUUUUACGUUACGCCAGACUGGGAGAAAAUGGCAAAAAUGGAGGUAUGGGUUGAUGCUGGGACACAAAUAUUUUUCUCAUAUUCUAUAUCAAUUGGAGCACUCACGGCCCUGGGAAGUUAUAAUAAGUUUAAAGAUAACUCGUACAGAGAUGCCAUUCUAUUUGCCUGUACAAACAGUGGAACCAGUAUUUUUGCAGGUUUUAUCAUCUUUACCAUUCUCGGAAACAUGGCGUAUGAACAAGGUGUUUCUGUAGCAGACGUAGCGGAAUCUGGACCUGGACUUGCAUUCAUAGCAUACCCAAAAGCCGUGACAAAAUUACCUGGAGCGCCAAUUUGGUCAGUUAUUUUUUUUCUCAUGGUAAUAUUGUUGGGACUGGAUAGUCAGUUUGUUGGUGUGGAAGGUGUCGUCACUGCUGUUGUGGACCAAUGGCCAGGCUAUCUUAGGAAAGGAUACAGAAGAGAGGUUUUCAUUGGUUGUGUGUGUAUACUGAACUUCUUCGUUGGAAUUCCCAUGGUGAUGAAUGGCGGAAUGUACGUUUUCCAAUUGUUUGAUUAUUACUCUGGAAGUAGAAUCAUUCUUUUUGUUGGCGCAUUUGAGUGCAUUGCAAUUGCAUGGAUAUAUGGGGUUCGACGUUUCUAUGACAACGUUAAAAUGAUGCUUGGUUUUAAAAUUAAUCCAUAUAUGAUGAUAUGUUGGACAGUUCUAGCACCGGCUUUCUGUAUGGCUAUUUUUAUUAUGAGUACAAUUAAUUACUCAGAAUUGGAUUAUAGUAGACCAUCAGGGAAAUACAUUUAUCCACAAUGGGCUAUUGCAAUCGGAUGGAGUAUGGCUGCGUUUGCCGCUGUCUUCAUUCCUGGUAUGGUACCGUUCCAGAUAUGGAGAUAUGGUCUGAAACCAAGUGAAUAUUACCUACUACUAAAGCCCCAGGGAUUAAAAGAGCACCAACUUAGACCCCAGGACCAAGGAGAAAUCAAUUUAGACAAUUUCCGUGAUAGUUCAUUAAGAUAUCGAGCAAAUAAUCCACCAAUGUAUAACCUUGAAACAAAUCCAAAUCUUUAUGAAAAGAGGGACUCUGGUCGAGAAAAUCCAGCUUUUACAGGAGAACGAUUGUGAUUUAAUAUACCAUAAUGCUCAAAUAACUAAAACUGUGAAUAGAUAUUUUUUAAUUUCUUUAUUCCAUGUCAUAUUAUUGAUGAUGACUGUAUCAAAUCAUGUAUAUAUAUAUAUAUCUAAUAAAAUAUCAUACAGCACAGUAAAUAUUGGGGAUACACAUUUUCAACAUAUAAAAUUUGUGAAAAGAAAAUUAACAGAAAAGACAAAUGAAAUAGAAAAAACGAUAUUUUGCAUUUCUUAUCAUCAAUUUCAGUGACUGUCUUUAACAAGAAGAUGUAUUCUCGUAACAAUUUUUAUAUUUUACCUAUAGUUUAGUUAUUUGUCUUAUAAUGGAUUUGGAGAUAUUAAGACUGGAUAUAUAAAAAGCAAAACAACAAAAAUACCAAACUCAAAGGAAAAUUCAAAACGGAAAGUCCCUUAUCAAAUGGCAAAAUCAAAAGCUCAAACACAUCAAAUGAAUGGAAAACAUCUGUCAUUAAACUCUUCCAAAUUUUCAGACAUUUCAAUUUUUUCUUCAUUUCUAAAUUUUUAUCAUGACAUUUGGUAAUUAUACACAAUCACUUUUGCAUAUAGCGUUGAACUAUUUCCCAAUUCGGUGUCUACGGAAAACUCUAAAUACCUUUUUGUUCAUAAUUUUCCAUUUGUUUAUGAGAGAACCUAUAUACUUAAGUGUAACUUUUAUAAAGUUCUGUUAGUGCUAUUCUAUCUUUAGAACGCAUACAAUGUGGAUACGGUUGAAAAAAAUCACAAAUUCAUGUUUUUGUUAAAUUUUGCAAUUUAAAGCAUUCAUAUCUUAUUUAAAGUGACACUCAUUUCAAGUAAAACAAAUGCACUAUCGUUGCUCGUUGGAACAAAAUAAACAUAUAUUUAAUUGAAUUCACGACUGAACCGUCCCUCUGAAGUUCGAAAGUUAAAAAAAAUCGUACAAUUCUGAUCUUAGAAACAAGUCUCUUUUUUUUAACAAAUUAAAAUAAAUCAAAAGUAUGUGUAAGAUCUAUUUUCUUUUUGAUAUGUACUGCCUUGUGGUAUGUUUUUUUUCUGGUCGGGUCCUGACAUUGUGGUUCAACACCUUAUAUCAUAAUAUGCUACCAAUUUAUUUUGGUAGAUGCUAAAAUUUAAAAUAUCUUUUAUUCUGUGUGCUUUAUAAAUUCUGAACUAAAGUAUAAUUACCCCGGCACUGACGUAGGACCCCCCACUUUUUGGCCAAAAUAAAUUAUCGAAAAUUAUAAAUCAAAAUGAAAGAUGUCACUGACUUACUCCUUAACUAUUAGACAACAGUUUGUAGAAUAGUUUUUUUUUGCUUGGCACUUUUAGAAGUUUGGCCCCAAACUUUUCAGUCUACUCCUUCGCUACUGCUACAUGUCUCCUAGUAGGCAAAACUAUGAUUUGAUUUUAUCAUUUGAACAUUUCAUAUUUAAAACAGAAUGUAAUGAGCUUACAAUAAUUUGUUUAUUAGAAAAUGUUAGAGAAAGAGAUUGUUAAUGAUAUUCUUUUUUCAAUUAGAAUAUUACUACACAAAAAUAUGUAUCUUUUAAAUUUCCAUCUGCGUUUACCUAUAUAUUAAGAAAAAGAAGGAAAGAAAGAAUACAUUUGUUAAAUCAUUUCAAAAUCGGCUCUUUUUUCGCUCUCUGUUCCAGUAAAACCAUGUUUACCUGUAAGUUCAUAUUCAAAGCACAACGCGGCAAUAAUUAUAAACAGUAAUAAACUUUGAAAUAUGUAUGUUCAUUAUCUAUGUUGUUAACAUGUUAUAUUUAUAUAUCGGAUUUAAAGAACUUGAUAUAAUGUGGUAAUGUUCAUUCUAAAUUUAAAUUUUCAGGUAUAUCAAUUUUUAACAAAUUUUAAUAUUCCCCAAUGAUUAUAAUAUACAUGUGUUGUUUAUCCACAAUGAUUAUAAUAUACAUGUGUUGUUUAUCCACAAUGGUAAUAUUAUACAUGUGUUAUUUACCAACAAUGGUGAUAUUAUACAUGUGUUGUUUACUUUAUAUCUAGUUUGUAUUGUAACUUACACGUAGAUUAUUUUGACAAUAUAUCUUUAUUAUAUAA